AUGCAGGCAGACUCCCUUCUCCACAGCGGCUACUUCCACCCCGUGCUGCGCUCCUGGCAGUGUACGGCCACCACCUUCAAUGCCUCCAACCUCAUCUACCCCAUUUUUGUCACUGACAGCCCUGAUGCAGUGGAGCAGAUCCCCAGCCUCCCUGGACAAGCCAGGUAUGGAGUCAACAAGCUGGAGGGGAUGCUGCGUCCUCUCGUUGAGGACGGCCUGAAGUGCGUGCUCAUCUUCGGGGUGCCCAGCAAGGUCCAGAAGGAUGAGAGAGGCUCUGCUGCUGAUGCGGAGGACACGCCUGCCAUCCAGGCCAUCAAGAAGAUCCGCUCCACCUUCCCAGAGCUGCUCAUCGCCUGCGAUGUCUGCUUGUGCCCUUACACCUCCCACGGGCACUGCGGCAUCCUGCGUGAAGACGGCACCAUCCAGAACGAGAUCAGCUGCCAGCGGCUGGCAGAAGUGGCGCUGGCCUACGCCAAAGCAGGCUGCCACAUCGUUGCCCCCUCGGAUAUGAUGGAUGGGCGCAUCGCGGCCAUGAAGACGGCGCUGAUCUCCAACGACUUGGGCAACAAGGUCUCAGUGAUGAGUUACAGCGCCAAGUUUGCUUCGUGCUUCUAUGGCCCCUUCAGGGAUGCUGCGCUAUCCAAACCCGCCUUUGGAGACAGGCGAUGCUACCAGCUGCCCCCAGGCGCCAGGGGCUUGGCGAUGCGUGCUGUGGACCGGGAUGUGCGUGAGGGAGCAGACAUGCUGAUGGUGAAGCCGGGGAUGCCCUACCUGGACCUCGUGAGGGACGUCAAGGCUCGA